ACUGUCGGCUGUUGCAAAAUCUCGCGUGCGUAAAAUAUAUCGGCACGCGCUCCUCCGUGGUAUAGGUUAUUCCCAAAUCACAUAGUUUAUAACAUUAAGAGGCUUCUGUGAUUUAACCAUUUUAAUAUCCGUCAAUGCACGUGUAAAAUGAAUUAAUUGCAUGUGGGAUAAUCUUGCUAUACUGCAUUAAUUAAAUCGUUCUCGUAACAUUUAAAUCCUGGACAUCAAUAUUUUUUGCAUUCUGGAAGAGUAUUCACUGCAGGGAUAUUAUUAGAAUUCAUUCUCAGAAGUUGAAAUAAUAUGGAAGCGAAUAAUUCAGAUGCGGAUCAAACUUCUCACAAAGUUAUAGAAAAGAAAAGACGGGACAGAAUAAACUCGUGUCUGUCUGAACUUAGUCAGACUGUUCCAGCGGCAUUUUCUAAGCAGACUUCUGGAAAGCUAGAAAAAGCAGAAAUAUUAGAAAUGACGGUUGAAUAUCUAAGAGCUAUUCAAGCAACAGAAUUAGGAAUCAGAGUUGAAAACGGUGACUGGUAUAGCUCUGAAAUUUGGACAGAUUUUAUGCAACAUUAUCAAACAGGCUACAAUGAUUGUAUUCGUGAAAUCAUGCGUUACAUGCUUGAUGUCGAAGGCCUGAAUGUCCAUGACCACAGAUGCUCAAGAAUGAUGUCGUAUUUACAAACAAGAUUUAAGCCUGACACGUCCAUUGCAAGUGGAAUAGCACACAGACAAAGUAUAUCCAGAAACAACGCAUCCUUCAAAAGUGUAUCAUCUUACAAAGGUGGCGCUUCUCCUCCCACAAGUUCCCGAUUCAAUCCUUAUGCUGUAAAUCAACGUACAAGUUUAUAUGACUUUUGUUUAAAUGGAGAAUCAAGGGACAGCUCCUUGGCGAAGGCAACAAAUUUUACAUCACCAUUCCAAUUAAUGCCAUCAUUCACUGGGUUACUUUGUUUUGCAGAUCGAAAUCCUUUAUUAAAAAGAGACUGAUAUGAUCAAGACUUUCUUAUUAAAACAAUGUAACUUUAAAAACGGUGAAGGAGUGUGCCUCAAUUCCAAAUGCACCC